UGCUUGAGGGCUUACAGGAGUAUUUAUAAUAAUACAUACACAUGAGUAUUAGAGACCUAGUGUAUCUAUACAACUAAGGGAUAAGUUACAGAGAUAGGAAUAGGUAGUUACAUCAGAUAAGUGAACACGUGAAUAGAUAAAUACAUUAAAAUAUACAAAUAUUAUUUAUCUCUAAUACAUAAUACCUAUGUUUUCCCACAUAAAAACAGUCAUCCUUGGACCAUUCCUCUGUCUUGAAAUCAAAAACAUAAUACCUCUCUCCUUUCCAAUUCACGUUCAAGUAGAGCUUCUCCCCUAUUCGAUAGAACCCAUGCACGAUAUACACUCCCUCGUCCAAGGCACCAUCAAAAAAGGUAUACCUGAUUUCACAACCCAGCCGUUUUCUGGAAAAGCAGAAUCGAAACACUCAAAAACUCUAGUUGAGUAUCUCCUUGUCAACUUGUCCAACUUGAAAUUAGGGCCCAUGUGCAGUACUAUUCACAUAUUCUACUUUGACUAUAUUUUAUUCAUUAAUGUAUUAUAAAUUAAUUUUUUUAAAAAUAUUAUUAAAUUCUUCUCAUUCUAAAUUUUCAAAAUAUGAAUUUUUUGAAUUUUUUACUAAUAAGGAAUGAAAGAUAUUAAUGGUCAAACUUGUGCGUUGGCAAACGUGAAAUGUUGACUGUUGCAAUUAAAAAGGAACGGAGGAAGUAUAAAUAUAAUUUGGUAUGAACAAAUCCGAAAGAGAGAAAAUCAUGAGAUUUUUUAUGCUAAUGUUCAGACUCUCUCAUUCUCAUUAGACUCUCCUCACCAUUAAUUACAAUGUACAAAUAUUGAAGUUCCCACAAAUGGAGGAUAAAACUAUCUAGAGAAGAGGAGGAGGAAGAGAAGGGAGGAAGGGAAAAGUCCCUAAUAAGGAGGGGAAUCCCCAUAUUUAUAGGGGGAAUGGGGAGAGGGUGCAAACCAUCCUAAUGGGAAUCCCCAUAUCAUAAAA